GCUGUCCCUUUAAGCCCUCAGUAUGCCUGUGAUUGGGCUGAUGAGUGCGAUGCUCCAGCGGGGCUCCAGAGCAGCAGGUUGCCCCAGCGCAGACUCUCCAGUCCAGAAAAGUGUGAGUGGCAGCAGGCAAUCCCUGCUCACACACUGACCUGCACACAGUGAUUUCACAACCACAGUCAUGCACACACACUCUGGACCAGAGGCAGCAUGAGUACAGCGUCUGAGCCCUGGGUCGGCAGCAGCAGGUCUCUGUCUGCAGCCAAGAGACACAAGAGUAUCAGGAAGAACUCCAGGAGGAUUUAUUCAGCCUAUCAGGACCAGCAGGGCUCCUCAGAUGAUGAAGAUAAAGAGGAUGAGCGGGUGGACAGCAACGACCCUGAGGAAAUGUUCCAGAACAUUCAGUACCAGAAGGAGAUCAUCGCCAACAUUCGGACCAGACCCUGGCCGAUGAGACGCAAGCUCAAAGUUCUGAAGCAGGCCAGAGAGAUUGUUCUGAAGUAUGAGGGUCGACUGACGAGAACCAGAGGCUAUCAGACUGCAGGAGCUGAUCUGCUGAAGAAACUCUCACGUGUGCUUUACAACAUUGUGGUUCUGUUCAUUCCCUGGGAAGUGAGAAUCAAGAAAAUCGAAAGUCACUUUGGGUCGGGUGUUGCAUCCUACUUUAUCUUCCUGCGCUGGCUGUUUGGGAUCAACAUCGUCCUCACCAUCAUGACCGGAGCCUUCAUUGUCCUACCAGAGCUGCUGGCUGGAGCUCCGUUUGGAACAACAAGGAGUAAAACUAUCCCCAAGGAGCAUCUGGCUUCAGCCCAGGACCUGGACACCAUCUGGUCUCUUGGGGGCUACCUGCAGUACUCUGUGUUAUUCUAUGGUUACUAUGGCAGGGUGAGGAAAAUUGGCAGUGCUGGGUACCGGUUGCCUCUCGCCUACUUCCUGGUUGGGAUGGCUGUCUUUGCCUACAGUUUCAUCAUUCUGUUAAGAAAAAUGGCCAAGAACUCUCGUCUGAGCCUGGCCAGUGCCUCUGAUGAGAACUUCACAUUUUGCUGGAGGGUUUUCUGUGCCUGGGAUUACCUCAUAGGAAACCCAGAAGCUGCAGAGAGCAAGGGAGCUGCCAUCGUCAACAACAUCAGGGAAGCCAUUGUCGAGGAGCAGGAAAAGAAGAAGGAUACCAGUUUGGCGGUCCUGAUCAGUCUGCGUAUCUUAGCCAACAUCCUGGUGCUGCUGUCUCUGGCCGGCAGCAUCUACAUCAUCUACUUCGUGGUGGACCGUUCUCAAAAACUGGAGCAGGAGAAGCCAGAGUUGACGCUGUGGGAGAAGAAUGAGGUGAGUGUGGUGGUUUCUCUCAUCACCAUGAUCGCUCCGUCUGCCUUUGAGCUGGUGGCUCAGCUGGAGAUGUACCAUCCACGAACCUCGCUGCGAUUCCAGCUGGCCAGAGUGCUUGUUUUAUACCUGGGGAAUCUCUACAGCCUCAUUAUUGCCCUCCUUGAUAAGGUCAACAGUAUGAGUUCUGCUGUCCCAGUGAGUACAGGUAACUGGUCUGACUCCAGCUCAUUCCUGGCCACCAUCUCUCAGCCUGAGGUCAACAGCUUCUCCACCCUGGUGUCUAAGAUCUCUGUCGCUGAACAUCACAACAGCACCAUAGCAACCAUCGCCACGGUGCUGGAGGUCACCAACAGCAGCAGCAGCAGCAGCAGGAGCAGCUCGGCGACCAUCUCCAACCAGACGGCUCUGUUUGAGAAGAACACCCGCUCUCAGCAGGACCAGUGCUGGGAGACCUACGUCGGACAGGAGAUGCUGAAGCUGUCCAUCAUUGACAUGAUCUUCACAGUGGCCAGUAUUCUGCUCAUUGACUUCAUCAGAGGUUUGGUGGUUCGCUACCUGAGUGACUGCUGCUGCUGGGAUUUAGAGAGCAAGUUUCCUGAAUAUGGAGAAUUCAAAAUAGCUGAGAAUGUCCUGCAUCUGAUUUAUAACCAAGGAAUGAUCUGGAUGGGAGCGUUUUUCUCCCCCUGUCUUCCUGCCUUCAAUGUCUUGAAGCUGAUUGGUCUGAUGUAUCUGAGGAGCUGGGCUGUCCUCACCUGUAAUGUCCCCCAUCAGCAGGUGUUCAGAGCGUCCAGAUCAAACAAUUUCUACCUGGCCAUGCUGCUGUUCAUGCUGUUUCUGUGCAUGCUGCCCACCAUCUUUGCCAUCGUUAGAUACAGACCAUCACAGCAUUGUGGACCAUUCAGUGGUCAAGAGAAGAUUUACGACAUCAUCUCUGAGACCGUGGCCAGUGACUUCCCCCUGUGGUUCAGUAAAGUGAUGAGUUACAUCACCAGCCCUGUUGUCGUGCUGCCAGCACUGCUGCUGCUGUUUAUGCUGAUAUACUACCUCCAGGCCAUCGCCAGGUCCCUCAAAUUCACCAACAACCAGCUGAGGAUGCAGCUGCAGACUGAGAGGACUGAGGACAAGAAGAAAGUCUUCCAGAUGGCUGCAGCAAGACUACAGACUCCAGAGGCGGUGGCGGCUGACAAAAAGCUGGAUCAGCAGGAGAGCGACAUCACCAGCCAGGAGGCCUCCGUUCACACUCCAUCUCCCCGACGGAACGGCAGCGUCACAAACUUUCAGUCUCCUGUUCGUCGUGGAAACAGCAUCCGCACCAUAGCCCAGUCGGCGUCCAGGGCGGACCUGAACAGAGGAAGUGUGGCUGGGAUCUGUCAGGAGUCCGACAGUGACCAUACUGCCCAAACACAGGCUGGAGCACAUACCUACCAGGAAGACCGUACGCUCCUUACAUCCUGUCGAGGCCGCUGGGUUCAUCGCAGCGCAGAGUUACGGAGGACGGCGUGGCCACACCACCCGCUAUGUGAUCGUCAACGAGCACGAGCCCAGGAAAAAGCUGCUGCGCUCGACCACUCGGAUCCCACGCCAUUACCUCAUGGAAGAGCCCGGAGAGAUCCUGGAGCUGUACCCGCGCAACAUCAAGCGCUACAUCCCCCGUGCUGCUCACCACCAACCGCAUCCUCACCGCUCCCACACAUCACAGCAGCAUCUGAGUGAGGAAGAAGAGGAGGAGGAGGAAGGAAAAGGCAGGAGGAGGACAUCACUGGGGAAGUAUCAUCGACCUCGUUCCCUCUCUGACCUCCACCAGCCGGCACACUUCUACAUUGGUGAGAGUAAAGAUGGCCACGCAGCACGAGGAGGAA